AUGCGCACCACCCGGGAAAUAGGCAUCCGCCAUUCAUGAGAGUCGAUUCCGUUGUUUCUGUGUGUUGAGCUUGAGCUGCUGCAAGACGGGAUAUGGUGACGAUAAUAUUUGUGGGCCCAGAGAAAAACAUGAACCGUUUCGACUAGCGCCGUUUCAAGAAGGCAAGGACCAUACCAAACUGAAGUGUUGUGUGCUGCGUUGACCACCGAAAAAUGCUGGUCAAAUAAUAUCAAUAAUAUAAACAGCUGACACAGCGAAAAACAGAGAGAAACAGACUAUGGGGACAUUUUUAGAUAAACCGCAAACAGACAAGUACAAUGAGCAUGGUGCUGGUAAUGGUUUGCGAUAUGGGGUCGCCAGCAUGCAGGGGUGGAGAAUUGAAAUGGAAGAUGCGCACAGAGCAAUAACUGGACUUGGAAGUGGCUUGUCAGACUGGAGUUACUUCGCCGUAUUCGAUGGUCAUGCUGGGGCUCUUGUAUCUGCACAUAGUGCUGAACAUUUGCUGGAAUCAAUCAUGCAAACCGAAGAAUUCAAGGCCGAGGAUGUAAUAGAAGGGAUCCACUCUGGCUUUUUGAGAUUGGAUGAUUGCAUGCGAAAUUUACCAGAAAUGAGCCAAGAUAAAUCUGGUUCAACGGCUGUUUGCACAUUAAUAUCACCGCGUCAGAUUUAUAUUGCAAAUUGUGGAGAUUCCAGAGCAGUCCUCUGCCAGUCUGGCAAUCCUGUCUUUUCUACCAGGGACCAUAAGCCAGUUUUGCCAGCAGAGAAGGAAAGAAUUCAAAACGCUGGUGGUAGUGUUAUGAUCCAAAGAGUGAAUGGAUCACUGGCUGUUUCUAGAGCUCUGGGAGACUACGAGUACAAAAAAGUGAAGGGUCGUGGACCCUGCGAACAACUUGUUUCACCUGAACCUGAAAUAUUUCUCAGGGAUAGAGAUGAUGCUAAUGAUGAAUUUCUCGUUUUGGCCUGUGAUGGGAUUUGGGAUGUCAUGACAAAUAAGGACCUCUGUGAUUUCAUUCGUUCCAGGCUACUCUUAACCGAUGAUUUAGAAGCUGUCACCAACCAAGUCAUAGAUACCUGCCUGUACAAGGGGAGCCGAGACAACAUGAGCAUAGUAUUGGUAACAUUACCUGGCGCACCAAAACCAAGCGCUGAGGCACAGAAGAAGGAAGCUGAGCUAGAGAAGGCCAUUGAAAGGAGGAUCAAAGAAAUAGUAGCACAGCAAGAGAGCCAAGAGGGUGUCGAUUUCCUACAUCUACUCCAAAUUCUUAUAGACGAGGAAAUGCCCAAUCUUCCACCUGGAGGUGGUCUUCCUGCCAAGCGACCAUUCAUCGAACAGGUGUUCCGGGAAGUUUGCCCCAGCAAGGCGGACACUGGUUCAAUUAAAGAUGAGCUAAUGUACACUGGACAAAUUGGCCCGAAGCUUUAAAACAGAGCAGUCCUGUAUAUAAUAUUUAGGAUCGGUGUCUAUGGAUAUCUGUACUGACGUUAUGUUUAUGCAAUAUUGGAAAUCUGUCAAUAUUAUAGCAGCAAAGGAGGCCUUGAGGCGUUGUCUACAGGAAUGUUGAAAAAAAUUUCAGUUGCAUGCAGCAGUUUAUUCCAAUUCCAUUUCUGCUGAACAUUCUUAUCAUCAAAUAAUUAGUUUAUACCGAGUACAUCGCAUUCCAACUUGUUGUCUGAAAAUGAAAUCACUCCUAUCCGAAGACUAAGUUAGAAAAAAUCAACAUGCCGGAUGGAUCUUUAACUAAUUUGCGGCUUUUCGGAUUCAUAAUAAAAUCCUAAGAAAAUUGUCGAGUAGGAAAUAGGGAAGAUACUAAAACUUUAUAUCAAGGCCUUCGGUCAAGUUUAACAAUAUAGCACACACAUACCAAAGUAUUUUAUCAUUCCCAUAGUAAAAAUAAUGUAUGUGUAGUAGCAAAGCUUAGCAUUUCACUAUUUUAUUGUUUGGGAAUAAAAAUGAGGCAACUACACAAUUAUAAUUCGUGUACAUAGGUAUGCUGAUCAUUUGACUAUCUCCUUGCUCAUAAAUUGUACAAAUAAAUCAAGUUAACGUCAACAUUUCUGCUGAUCAUAGUAGUCAUUUUCUUCUCAUUAUUCCCAAACAAUAAAAAUAAGAUAAUAUCAGAUACGGGCAAGAGUGGGAGAUAUUACUUAGCAAGGACCUUUGUUAUCAACCCAUUUUAAUUAUAGGGAGAACAGAUUUAUAUGUUAACCCUCUGAAAUUUGACAAGUAUCUAAAAAAACUAUACCUUAAAUGAAUUACUGACAACUUGUAAUAAAACUAAGCUUAUAAACGAUCGAAGUAGAAUAUUUUUUCAAUUACUGGUAUUUCAAAAGUAAACGUGUACAUUAACUCACUCUUGCUCACAAAUGAUGCGCAUGUAGUAAGCUUGCUUUGUGCAUAGUCCUAUUCUGUAUAAACUCGCUUCUGGCCUGUGUUGAAAAGGAUCUAAUGUCGGAGCUCGAUCGUUAUUGUCAAUUUCUUAAGUAUUGUAUCAAUUGUAAACCUAUAUUUUCAACAGCUGUGUAACUUGUAAAUACUUGUGAUGGUGUGUAAAGGUAUUUUGUUGAGGAAUGAGGAGAGACUUGUACCUUUCAGAAUAGGACUAGCAUGUAGCUAGAAAUAAACUUGUAUUAUGUGUAUAAUCAAAACCAAACUAUUUUCUCAAUGACUUUAUGCCGAUAAAUGUCUCAUAUUAAUGCUUUUUUCAUUUUUCUUUAAAAGACUGCCUCAAGCAUUUUAUCAAUGAAAUGCGUUGCACACAUGCUAAAAUUGACAGCAUCACCAACACAGUGGCAAGACUUAUGGUUCUUGUUGUCCGAUGCAAUCGAUCAGAGUUCUUAUUCUUAAUACUUGAAAUAGUUUCAAUGAUAUUGAGAUAAAACUGGAAUAUUUGCAUCCUUGUUGUUCGCAUUUCAAGGAGGUCGCAUUAAAAAAACAAAUUUUUGAGAAACCACUUAAAUAUUUGAACUUGUAUCGCACAAUUGAGACUCAAGUCCCAGAUCUAUGGCUAUUUGGCGGUAGCAGAAAAUGGGUAUAGCAAUAAAAACAAACCUUGAAAUAUGAUUAAAUCUUGAAGUUUGAAGGAAAAUCCUUGCAUGAUUAGCGCAAGUUUGCAUUGCUAUGUGUCUACCGUGAUACAUCAUAAGUUGAGAAAAUAAUGUUUAUUGUCCUGCCGUUUUAAAACAUGUUUCAUCCUCUCAGAAAAAUCAAAAUAAUAUUAAUCUGCAGGACAAAGUUGGGUGGCAAUGACAACCAAAUUAUAUUAGUAUGAGGUACACAAAUAUAUACGGAAGCAACUCCAUAAUCCAAAAUUUAUCAAACCGUGUUGACAUAUCUUUAAUACCCAAUUCACAGCAAACCUGCAUACAUGAUAGAGUUCUGAAAAUAGACUUAUAUCCCUGAAGCAGCGAAAUAUAUUUAGGACUGCAACUGAUGCAAAUCUGAUAUAGUAGAACGAGCCACUGAAUGUUAUCUCUAUAUAGUUGACUGAUUUUUACCAUUUUGUAAAAUAGUUGAAACCUCUCCAAAGUAUCAACAUCGAACAAUUAUGACCAAUUUUUCAGUCCCGGGAUCUUAUUUUUCAAAAUAAUUAUCAAUUCGUACAUGGAUAAUGAUAAAUGCUUCAUAACUCAUCAUAAACUGAUGAAUUAUGUUGCCAAGGGGCACCUACAGCCUCUGAUGUGUUCCUUACUGUUCGCUAAUGCCAUUAAUAUCUAAAAGAAUGUGCCAAGAUAUGCUCAUAUUUCAUAUCUCUGAUUUAAUUUCAUGUGAUCGAUGUGAUUACUAAUGUACUAACUUCUAUAUCUUGCCCUUCAGAUCGAAGUGAAUUUGUCCAUGCUCCCCUUUCCGCCUGAUCAGAAGAGCCACGACUUAGAUGAGCUGCCUAACAACUAUUAAUACAUCAAUUAUGAAUUCUUUUUUCUCACUGAGACAAGUGGCAUGAAUUGUGCAAAUUCAAUUUCAAAUAUUUCAGUUUCCUGAUACUAAGUCUAAGUAUUUUAUCUCAAAAAAUUUGCUUGAGUGCUAUUGUCUUUUUCUUCUGGUUAUCCCAUUUUACUUUAAAAUCAGUAAAUCAAAGACUGUUACUUUUUGUGCAUCACGUUAUGGCAUGCCAACUCUACUUCUUGAGAUUUGUUGAACACGUUGUAAAAAAUAUUAACAAAAUAUUAUAGAUAAUUUUUGGAUCUAGUAAGAAUCCUUGGGCAAUCCGUAUAGCCAAAUUCCACCUGAAUUAGAUGAAUUUCGAAUAAACACAAAUACGUGUGUAAAAUAUUUUUUAGCUGUUUUGUACAAACAUGUCAUAUUUUUGUAAUCAUUAACAGUUUGGAAGACUUAUUAAAAAGUAGAGUUUACAUUCCGUGACUAACAUGUACUUGCAUAUGAAUUCAAAUAUCAGUGCAUUCUCUUUUAAAACAAGCAUAAUAUUUCAAGCUGAUGUUUAUUCGUGUUACUGAUAAUUUGUGUAUGAUUAAUUAGCGUAAUUUGCCACGUUACUUACAAUUUAACUAUAUAUAUAUAUAACUAUGUUGUUGUAUAUAAUAUACAUAAUUAAAAUCAUACUUCAUGGAAUCUAGUUUAUUUUUCAUGCUAGUAGGUAGAAAACCUCACAUCGCUUAAGAAUUAGUAGAACUAAUUUGGUCAUAUUUCAGUCAUAUGCUCAAAUUUGAAGCUUCGAAAGCGAAUUUUAUUGAUACUAAUUUCCUAUCAGAUAUCUAAUGUAUCUAGUAUCAGUCAAAAUAUGAUAUCGAGUAAGGACGUUAGAGGGUCUAAAUAUAUCCAAAGCCAUCAAGUUAUCUCGACCAUAGUUAAAAAGUAAUUUCAUUAUUCUCUAUUUAAUUGAAUUGAUUAAAUUUGAAUGAUAAAAAAAUUGCUUAUCGAUUACCCUGCUAUAGUGGAGAUGGUCAGUCGUGAAUUUCAACUUGAUAAGAAGACUUUUUACACUUUGCCCAUACACUAGUGGCAAGAAUAUCUUAUCUGGGAUGGGGAACUACUCGAAUAAUUUGCUGAUAUAUAGUAUUUGAAAAAUUCACUUUGCAAUUUAAUGUAAUAUAGUAUUAAGAUAUUUUAAUGUUAUUUUUAAUUUUGCAUUAAUCAUAGCCAUCAAUGACAAAUAAACCUCAUGGAAAUA